GUCUAAGAUAUUUUUACACAUUUACCCAUCCCUAACUCUUGACGCACGACUGGAAAAAUUUUCGGGCAAUUUCCUCCUGUUUUUUUUUGUUUUCCGAAUCCCCCAUUGCCGUGAACCACCCGAUGCGAAUCCCUGCAGGAGGCCCAGGAUCCGGUGAACAGCCAGAGGUAGAACAAUGAGCACAAGGAACAGGCCAAGGAGCGGUCCGACGCUCAAUUUCAAAGCAGUUCUGCUGGGCGAAGGAUGUGUGGGCAAGACGUCACUGGUGCUGCGGUACAUGGAGGAUCGCUUCAAUUCGCAGCAUCUGAGCACCUUGCAGGCGUCCUUUGUGACCCGGAAAGUCAACUUGGAGGAUGGCCGGAAGGCGCAGCUGAAUAUUUGGGAUACGGCCGGACAGGAGCGUUUCCAUGCCCUCGGCCCCAUCUACUAUCGAGGCUCGGACGGCGCCCUACUCGUCUACGACAUCACCGAUCAGGACUCGUUCCAAAAGGUGAAGUCCUGGGUGCGGGAAUUGCGCCAAAUGCGCGGCACAGACAUCGCUCUGAUCAUCGUGGGCAACAAGACUGAUCUGGAGGAGCAGCGGGCGGUGAUGCACCAGGAGGCGAUGCAAUAUGCCCGGACAGUGGGCGCCCAGUAUGUGGAGACCUCGGCCAAGGAGAACGAGGGCGUGACCGAGCUAUUCGAGUUGCUGACCCAACUGAUGCUGGAGCAGCUAAGCCAACGCGAACCGGACUCUAGUCCGUUGCGACUACAGAGUCCCGAUACGGAUGCCUUAAGCAUUUCAGAGGAAGCAGAGUCGGAGGGUCAGGGUGAUCCGAAUACAGGCACCCACCGCUCCUGCUGCGGCAUAUGAUGAUCGCAUAUGGCCGGCCCCCAUUGUGAUAGUAAUCAUAAUUAUGUACUUGUAGACCUGUAGCGGAUGUUCAUCUUGUAUAUAUUUAUAUAUUUACUUACUUCUAGCAUGUGUUUCUGUUAUCCAAAUAUGUAACCCUAGCUCCUAACAUGUGUACUUUAUAUUUUUUUUUGUGUUAAUUCUCGUCAUUUGUUCUCUAAAUUGUAGCCUUUAUGGCUUCUUCCUUUUUUUUUGGCAUCUAUUGUAUGAAAAUGAAAUGAAGAGUUUGCCAUUUCGGACAUUCUCGAUUCGAAUUGCUGAAUUCUUUGUGUGCGCCAAGCAAUAAAUUAUCUUGUACUUGCA